AUGAUUCUGGUGAUUUAUACUAGACUGCUAGCUCAUGAUUCUCUACAAGUGGCAAAACUUGGAAUGUUACAUUUCUUGAAGCUAAAUGUUUCUUUAUAUGUCAACUGUUCAUAUGUGUAUUUGGUAAACAUCUUGUUUCAAAGGCUCAAUGAUAUGUUAAUUUACUCCUGUCAAUCUAAUAACACUGAAUGGUCUGAUGUAGACAUUGCUCUAAGAAAGUGGUUUACUAACAUAAUUUUAAACUCCCAAAUUCAUGCAGAAUUCUUUUCUGUUGUUGUUGAAGCAAUGGCAAAUGUCAGUUGGUGUACUAUACCUCUAUUUCAUGUACUUUACAAUAUGUCUAUUACUCCAGAGGCUGAAAUAUUUGAUGAAUCAAAGAUGACAAUGUUUUGUGAAUUUUUGAAAGAAACUGUAAGAACCCAAAAUGUAUUUAUUAGGGGUGCAGUUCAGUGUGCCAUUCUGAAUUUACUAACAAUGCAUACAAAUAAGGAUAUAAAUCUGUUGAGCAUAGCGAGGGUUUUAUGUUCUUUGAAGAAAGAUGAAUGUCUCUGUCGAGGCUUACUUACUUGGGACAUAGCCAAACAGUGGAUACAAUCUUGUAAACUUCAAGAAGAGACAGACAUUGUCAGACUUUUGCUAACUACCAGUAAUAAUUUAUCAUUGAUAUCAAAAGCUCGAACUCUGGUUUUGUUUGUUGAUGCAAGAUUGAUUGAUGUAAAUUCUAAGUUUGAAGAAGUCAUGGAUGAAUAUUUUAAUGUUCUUAAGGACAGUUAUAAACGCCCCUAUGCUUCUGUUGAAGAGAGUGAUAGAUGCCUUGAGUUGAUUUUAUGCAUAUUGGAAGAGUCAACAGGUUUUUUGUCUGGACUGGACUUAAAAAAUGACAAGUUAAUUGGAAGUAUUUUACCUUACAUGAGUGAGAUAAUCCCAUACACAGAGAAAAGGCUUCUAGAUGGCAUCAGUUGUGUACACUUAAAAAGUGUUGAACUUUACGCAAAAGUCCUUUCUACCAUGUCAGAAAAUGAUUUGGUGUUGAUAACUGACAUUGAAAUAUUGAACGAGAGAGCUAUCGGUUCCUAUAACUGUACAAAUUGUAAUAUUGGUCAACGCUACUUAAGCCUAAAAAUUAAUCUAAUGUAUAUUACACUUAUUUCAAAGUCUAAAGAAAGUUGCAAGUUGAAUGAAAAUAUCAGAUCGCAUUACUUAUCGCUUAUUAAAGAUGUUCAUCUUCUUCUAAAGCAGCCGAAGGAUAUCUUAGAUAACAACACGACUAAAAACCAUGAAGAUUGGAGUAAACUUGUGUCUGGGUGCAUGCAUACCCUGUGGUGUAUUAUUCAACAGUGUAUUAGUGCAAGUAUUAUUUCUCUGCAAGAGAUAUUUAGUAUAAGUUCUCCAGAAGAAAUAAUUGACUUGGCUAUCGAGUCAGUUGAGGUUGGGCAGCGUAGCUCACUGGUGCCUAUUCUCACUGUACUUCAAAGUGUGCUUCCUCAUGCAUUAAGCAAUGUAGAGUUGGUUGAAAGAUUGAUUACAUUUACAUGGAAAUCAUGUUUUGAACUUAGGAAAGUUGCUGCGUUUUGGCCAUCUAUUAAUUCCUGGAUUAAAAUGUGUUUCAAUAGGCAGAUAAUAAUGGAGCAAGACAUACAAAAGAUCAUAACAAAUUUUUCAGAGGAAAUUAUGAGUCAAGGAGAAACUAUAAGUGGUCUCGCCAACUUACUUAUCUCCCACUUGAAGCAAGAGCUAAACAGUGUUAGAUGUGUGGAAAUUAUGUUACCAACACUGACUUCUGUUCUCUUUUUUGGACCCGUUCUUCGUCGAGACCAGAGGAUUGAAAAUGAUACCUGCACACUGAUUCGAAGUCUGGGUUCUGACUACGCAGUAAACGUUUUAAUUCCACAGGAUGAGUCAAGAAGUAGCCAGCAAGUACGGGCCAAUGCACUAGCAACCUUACUGGCUGUAGCAUCACAGGAGGGUGGUUUGGAGUUACUUGUGAAAACAGUACACAUUCUAAUUGCGAAGGAUGACCAAUUAACAGCUCGUCGUACAAGGUAUCAUGGAGAUUCUCUGCGCCAUCGAGUCAAACACCGGAUACUGCAGGCUCUGUUAGUACUGGAAACUGUGUUGGCGAACAGUUCUUCACCGCUCUCUAAGAGUUGUGUUGUGAUGCUGGUUAAGUGGACCAGUGCCAGACUGCAAGGAGAGAGCCAACAGCCCAGUGUACGAUAUCAGCUGGAGUGGCUACUGGUCCGCUCACUCCUCCACUCUCCUCAGUUACUCAGUGGCUUCUGGACCAUCUUCGGCCAGGCCAGUGAAGUAAGAACAGGCAGCAUCUGUUCAUUUAUCUCUGUAGCCUAUCACCUUGCUGUAACUCUGCAGGAUGAGUCGUUCAUUGACAGUUGUGUCACCGAGAUCCUGCCGUGGUGUAUGGCUCAGCACUUCAACGUACGACUGUACGCCCAGGUAGUUCUGCAAAAGUUGUGGCCUCUGAGCAGCAAAGUGGCCGACAAGUAUAGCGCAAUCCACAGGAGCCUGACGAAGAGUCUCAAUCAAGGAAAUGCAGUGCGCAAUGCAGAAAAACUAAAAACUGAUUUUUACUUUACUGCAUUUCACGCAAUCAAUCAUUUUUCCUUAGAGACAAUCUUCUGGAAGUUGCCUCGGCUGUCAAACAUAUCCAGAGAUGAGUGGAUCUCACUGUCCACUCUACAAGAGUGUUGUGGUAAUCUCGACCUGCAUUUUCCGCUAUGUAAUGGAGACAACUCGCUGAAGCAGUUCACUGCAGCCACGUGGGUGGUUAAGGCAACAGAACCAGAAGCUGGCGUGGAACUGGAAGCAAGUGGGAUGCAGAAAAAGUUUGUUCCCUGGAAAGGAAUGAGAGCGGAACUGGGAAUGCUGGGCGAUGCUGAUGCACAGUCCUCGUCGUCGCACACAGAUCUUGUUGUUGUGGCAUCACUGAUUGAUAAGGUGCCCAACCUGGGUGGCUUGGCACGAUCGUGCGAGAUAUUCGCAGCUCACAGUCUCGUUGUGGCCAGCCUGGAGCACACGCAGGAUAAACUCUUCUCCACUCUCAGCAUGAGUGCAGAAAAACACAUAAAUAUUGUCGAGGUAAAGCCCCACGACUUGGCUCAAUAUCUGAAAGAAAAGAAAAAGUCUGGGUAUACCCUGGUGGGUGCAGAACAAACUGCAUCCAGCGUGUCCUUGGAAUCUUUCAAGUUCCCCAGAAAGUGCCUUCUGUUACUUGGGAAUGAGAAGGAGGGUGUCCCGGUGACAUUGUUGCCUCUGCUGGACACCUGUGUGGAGGUGCCACAGCUGGGGCUUGUGCGUUCUCUCAACGUGCAUGUCACAGGCGCUCUCUUCAUAUGGGAGUACACCAAGCAGUACGUGGCCAACAGUGCGACUAAUGCCUUCCAGGACAGGCACUAACACAGUAUUUGGAAAAUAAGGUCGGGAUUAGAGUUUAAAAUGAUUUAUUCUAUAUUGCAUUUUAUAAUCUUACAAAACAAUUAUAUUUUUAUAA